AAAUUAAAACUAAUACAUAUAUUAUAAUAACACCGGAUGCAUAAUAACACUGGAAUGAGAACUUGGGUGAAAAAUGUGCUUGAAUAUCAGAAUGCAAAGCAGAUCUAAAAAUAACUUUCAUGUUCUGCAUUAAAUUGGGGGUGAAAAUGAAGCCUGAAUGACGGGACACUGCUGGCUCGAGGGGCUCUGUGAUCAUGUGAACACGGGAACAAGAGACUGGCCAUUGGAUGAGCACAUCUGACAUCCCUAAGGGGACCCUGGAUGCUGCGAGACACAGACGCGCCGAGCACCAGCGCUGUUCCUCCAACAUCCGAGAGCGGAAACGCAAUGAAACGAGGGAUGAAUUUCUAGCCGGGUUGAGAUCAGGACGCUGUGUUUGGAUGCAGGAACAUGAGGAAGAGAGACAGCAGGGCACCAGCAGUGCCCAGGUGGGGGUUCUCCCAGCGGGACGGGGCAGUGGGACGGGCGGUGCUCCGGUCGAGGACAUGCAGGCGCUGUCAAUCACGUCUCUCUCCACCUCUGAGCUGGAACAGCAGUAUGAGCUGAUCAGUCCUUUAGGGAAGGGCACCUACGGCAAAGUCGACUUGGUGGUGCAUCGGACUCAGGGUACUAAACUGGCUCUGAAGUACGUGAGUAAGAACAAGACGAAGUUGCGUAGUUUUCUGCGUGAGUACAGCCUGACGGCUGCGCUGGGCUGCAGCCCGUUUAUCAUCAAAGUUCUGAACGUGCUGUUUGAGACGGAGGACAGCUAUGUGUUUGGACAGGAGUACGCACCUGCGGGAGAUCUGUUCGACAUCAUCCCACCUCAGGCCGGUUUGCCGGAGGAGAUGGUCAAACGCUGCGUUCAGCAGCUGGGUUUGGCUCUGGACUUCAUGCACAGCAAGAGUCUCGUCCAUCGGGACGUGAAGCCAGAAAAUGUUCUGCUUUUCGACCGUGAGUGUCGACGCGUGAAAUUGGCAGAUUUAGGAAUGACAAGGCGGGCAGGCAGCCGGAUCAAGCGGAUCAGCGGCACCAUCCCAUACACCGCCGCCGAGGUGUGCCAGGCCUCGGUAACAGAGGGAAUCGUCGUGGCAACGACCCAGGACGUGUGGGCAUUCGGAGUUCUGCUGUUCUGCAUGCUGACUGGAAACUUUCCGUGGGAAGCGGCGUUGCCUAGCGACGCAUUCUUUUCGGAAUUUCAGCGAUGGCAGCGGGGGGCGUUUCCUCCCGGCGUUGUUCCCUCCCAAUGGAGGCGGUUUUCAGAUGAUGCUUUGCGCAUGUUUGGCCGGCUGUUGGCGUUGGAGCCUGAGCGGCGCUGUGGGGUUAAAGAGGUGUUCUACUUCCUCAAAUACGACCUGCUGAAUCAUCACCGCCGCAGAGCUUCCUGUAGGGCACCUAGGGGCGGUUCUGCAAGUUGCUCCGCCCACAGACAUGCAGAGCCCUCGCCACCUUCAGGCACUUCCUGUCUACGCCCCACCCCCCUCAAACGUAGCAUCCUGUCCGAACCGCAUUCUUCUAGGGAGGAGUCCUCCAAAAGCCCGUCGCCCAACCGUCAAGACAAGAGCAAAGUGAUGAUGACCACUCCUAUUGAGAUUUGUGUAUGAAGGCAAAUCUGGAUAUAGCCACAAAAAAGGUAGCAAUAUUACUAUUGGGAAAAUGUUUGCACAGGAACGACAGCGUAUUUCAUGAUGGAAGUUAAUAGAACUGCCAUAAAUGUAGAUCUAGCAAAACUAUUACAUGGUGACUUUGAAACCUCGCUAAUUUAGAUUAAAAGACGUAGCUUUGGCAGGUCACUUUAGCACUAGAAAUGAAUCCGUUUCACUAGGAAAACGUAUUGAAUUCAUUAAAACUGCUUUCAUUUUAAAGGAAUAGUUCACUCGUGAAAGAAAUGGAAAUUCUGUCAUCAUUUACAGUACCUCAUGUCGUUCCAAACCCAUAGGAUUUUCUUCUUCCAUGGAUCGUGAAUAAAGAAAUACUGCACGAUGCUCCAUAAUGGAUCCUGAAAUGACAUAAAAGUACCAUAUUCUGAGUCCUCUAAAGCCAUAAUAGAUUUAUGUGAGGAAAAGUCCCAAAUUUAAGUCAUUACUGAGCAAAAAUUGUACCUGUAGUAGUACAGCAGCUGGGUCAGUAAACUUAAAGGGACAAAUUUGGACCUUAUUUACCCCUAAAAGGUGCAUAUUAGUACUAUAGAUUAGUAUAAUGUAUAAAUAUGCACCUUUGUGGGUAAAAUAGGUUAAUAAAUACCACUAAAGGUACAAUUUGUGCACUUUGUUUCUGAAAGUUGAAGAUGCAAUGCGUCUGGUCAUUGACAUCAGUUCUAAUGUAUCUCGAUGUGUUCUAUUCGAAUUGAAUUAUAUUUGAGAGAUAUUUUUUUGGUCUGUUUCUCACUCAAAGCUGAUCAUCAUGUGGCUUUACAAGACUUAGGAUAUAUUUUAUGAGCCGUAUAAACUAGUUUUAUAGUGCUUUUUUGUCUUUCUUGAAGCAAGUGUUAUUUUAGUAUCAUUGAUAUACUAUUAUAGUUUCUGUUGAUAUUUUGAAUGUGAUUUUAUUUUUAGAUUCUUUA